AAUGGAUAAUUAAAAGAAAUGCUUGUUUGAAAAAUUUGGAGGAGACUAAUAAGUAUCUGAACUUAUUGAUCAAUUCUAUUAUAAAGUACUCUUUGAUAAACUUCUUCGUGAUAAAUUUUUGAAGGCAGACAUGAGUAGAGUAAGAUAUCAAUAAAAGCGAUUCUUCUCUUAAAUGAUGGGUGAUAAAAAUACUUAAUAUACUGGCAGGUAUUAUCAAUAAAUUAAUAUAUAUAUAGAGAUUUAAUAGAAGUCCACAAAAAUCUGAAUAUCACAAAUUAAUAAUUUGAUAAAUUUAAGACUCAUCUUAAAAAUAUUGCUUAAGACAUGGAAGUCCCAAUAUAAGAUAUUGAUGAAUUACUUUAAUAUGUUGAAAAUCAUAGAGAUGUAAUUGUGUUUUCAAAAUGAU